CCAGACCCGGAAGCGGAUCGCGUCCAGUGAAGGGCACUCCGGGGCGCGUGCAGUGGGCAGCAGAGGACCGUCUUCUACAUGCUGAGGCCUUCCCUGUGCAUGUGGUUGUGGCCUGGCACGGAGUGUGUUGAUUCUAAGCAUCAAACAGCUAAUCUCAACAUUCAAGAUUGACUUCCAAGGACUCUCGUGUUACCUGAGGAGGAAGGCCUGAAGAGGAGGAAGAGGGAAGAAAAGCAGCAGGAAUGGCUCUGACGCAGGAACAGGUGACAUUCAGGGACGUGACCAUAGAAUUCUCUCAGGAGGAGUGGGAUUGCCUGGACCCUGCUCAGAGAGCUUUGUACAGGGACGUGAUGCUGGAGAACUACAGGACCCUGCUGUCCCUCGAUAUCUUUUCUAAAUAUGUCACCAAGGAAUUGCCACCAGAAAGGAAUAGUAAUGUAGAAGAAAUAUUCCAAACAGUGGUGUUAGAAGCACAGGAAAGCCAUGAAAUUGAAGAAUUUCAUAUCAGGGACGUCCAGAAAAAUGUACAUGACUUUAAGUGUUAUUGGACGAAUGAGGAAAGACAUUACAAAGGAGGGUGUAUGACUCAAAAGGAACAUCUCACUGAUAGACAAAAGCAAUAUGGUAGAAGGGCUGCAGAAAAAACGCAUAUUAAAAGUCGACUUGGAACAAGGUUUCAGUUACAUUUACCUGAAUUGCAGCCGUUUCAAGCUGAUGGAAAAAUUUAUGAAUAUAAGUGUGUUGUGCAGUCUAUUAACAGUGGUUCCUUGGUUUCACCCCACCUGAGAAUUCCUCCCAGUAUCAAAACCCAUAUUUCUCAUAAAUUUGAAAAUGAUUUUAUGGAUUCUUUAUUAUUCACACAAGAACAGGAAGCACACAUUAGUACAAAAUCUUACAAAAGGAAUGAAUAUGGCAAAACUUUUAAUCAAGGCUCACACUUUAUUGUAGAUGAGCUAAUCCAUGCUGGAGAGAAACAAUUUACAUGUGAUAUAUGUGGCAAGGUCUUCAACCAAAAAUCAAACCUUACAAGUCAUCGGAGAAUUCAUACUGGAGAGAAACCCUACAAAUGUAAUGAAUGUGGAAAGGUCUUCAAUCAUAUUUCACACCUUCUACAACAUCGGAGAAUUCAUACUGGAGAGAAACCCUACAAAUGCAAUGAAUGUGGAAAGGUCUUCAGUCAUAAAUCAUACCUUGCAAAUCAUCAGAGAAUUCAUACCGGAGAGAAACCUUACAAAUGUAAUGAAUGUGGCAAAGUUUUCAAUCAGAUUUCACACCUUGCAAGUCAUCGUAGAAUUCACACUGGAGAGAAACCUUACAAAUGUAAUCAAUGUGGAAAGGUGUUCCAUCAGAUUUCACACCUUGCACAACAUCGGACAAUUCAUACUGGAGAGAAACCUUACAAGUGUAAUGAAUGUGGCAAAGUCUUUAGUCGCAAUUCAUACCUUGCACAGCAUGUGAUAAUUCACACUGGAGAGAAACCCUACAAAUGUAAUGAAUGUGGCAAGGUCUUCAGUCACGUUUCACACCUUGCACAGCAUCGGAGAAUUCAUACUGGAGAGAAACCUUAUAAAUGUAAUGAGUGUGGCAAUGUCUUCAGUCACAAGUCAUCCCUAGCAAAUCAUCAAAAAAUUCAUACUGGAGAGAAGCCCUACAAAUGUAAUGAAUGUGGAAAAGUGUUUAGUCGCAAUUCGUAUCUUUCAGAACAUCUAAUAAUUCAUACUGGAGCAAAGCCUUACAGAUGUAAUGAAUGUGGCAAAGUCUUUAGUCGCAGUUCACACCUCACAUGUCAUCGUCGGAUUCAUACUGGAGAGAAACCUUAUAAAUGUGACGAGUGUGGCAAAGUCUUCAGCCAGAAUUCAUAUCUUGUGUGUCAUCGAAGAAUUCAUACUGGAGAGAAACCUUACAAAUGUGAUAAAUGUGGCAAAGUCUUCAGUCUGAAUUCAUCCCUAGCACAUCAUCAGAGAAUUCAUACUGGAGAGAAGCCCUACAAAUGUAACGAAUGUGGAAAAGUGUUUAGUCGCAAUUCAUAUCUUUCAGAACAUCUAAUAAUUCAUACUGGAGCAAAGCCUUACAGAUGUAAUGAAUGUGGCAAAGUCUUCAGCCAGAAUUCAUAUCUUGCAUGUCAUCAAAGAACUCAUACUGGAGAGAAACCUUACAAAUGUGAUAAAUGUGGCAAAGUCUUCAGUCUGAAUUCAUCCCUAGCACAUCAUCAGAGAAUUCAUACUGGAGAGAAGCCUUAGAAAUGUAUUAGGUGUGUUAAGGUCUUCAGUCAUAAUUGACAUUUACACUGGAGAAUUCAUGGUGGAGAGAAACCUUACAAAUGUAAUAAGUAUGGCAAAGCUUUUAGUGUGUGUUCAGUCCUACCCCAUUGUGAAAUUCAUACUGUGAAAAUGGAAGGGUCUUCAAUGACAAUUGAUAACUUCAGAAUCAUUGGAGUUUUUUUAUUGGAAAGCUGAUGAAUGAGGCAAAGUCUUCAGUGUUCAAACCUUCCAAAACCAUAGGAAAAUUCCUACUGGAAAGAAACUUUACAUGUGUGUUGUGGAUGUGUUAAAGCCGUUAGUUUUUGUUGAAGGCUUACCGCUAGUUAAUCCAUAGUGAAGAGAAACUUUGCCAAUGUACUGUUUGUGACAAGGUCUUAAGGUGAAAGUCACAUCAAUAUUCACCUAAGAAUUCAUGUUAGAAGCUUCACAACUGUAAUAAGAGUACAGAAUCUUUAAGAAAAGAAUCACUUAUUUGAAAGACAGGGUUACAGAGAGGGAGAGACAGAACUUCCAUUCACUGUUCCACUCCCCCAAAAGGCUUGGGCCAUCCUCUACUGCACUCUCGGGCCACAGCAGAGAGCUGGACUGGAAGAGGAGCAACCAGAACAGAAUCUGGUGCCCCGACCAGGACUAGAACCCGGUGUGCUGGUGCCGAAGGUGAAGGAUUAGCCUAUUGAGCCACGGCGCCAGCGUGUGAUAUGUUCUUAAGGGUUGAUUAUGUGGUUGAAAUACAAGCGAAGUGGUGGUCACCUAUAUUGAAUAGCAAAAGCUAAUGUAUAACAAGAUUGAUGAAAAAUUAGCCUUGUUUUUGAAAUUUAAGAGAGCAUGGUUACCAGAGAGGAGCAUUUAAUCAACUGCAAAGUAUGCUCUUAAUCAGGAAUCAUGUUCAACCGCUAGCAUUGUAUUUCCUACUGCUUAAUUCAGAUUAUGAGGUCUUAAUAAAAUUCAAUCUUUUUUCAUAGCUGAUUGAAUCAUGUUCUUCCUUAAAACCAACAUAGUUUUGUCCCAAUUCACUAGGAUGUUUCAGGAUGGAUGCUAACGAUGCCACCAUUAGGUUCAUGUAGUUGAAGGAUCUGUUGUAAUUGUUUCCCAUGGUGGAACCAAACAACAUAUAAUUUGGAAAACAUAUGAUCAUGUCUUGCCCUUGAGUUAUUCUCGCCAUGUUUGCCAAAGGUUAAAUAUAUGGGUAUAAUGGAAAAUCUAAUAGAAAUGUAAUUUCAAACUCUGAGACCUACAACAGUGUUGAUGAACAUGCUUUUGGUAUGCCAAUUAAAACCACAUGAAAUCCACCUUAUUUUACAUACAGUAAAAAAAUAAAAUGGGAUUAAGGACAAAAAUAUUUCUUUUUCAUCCUUGAAGUAUUAGAUGAAAUAAUUUGAGGGGUUGGCACUUUGGUAUAACAGGUAAAGCCGCUGCCUGUAGUGCCAGCAUCAAAUAUAGGUGCCGGUUCAAGUCCUGGCUGCUCCAUUUUCAGUCCAGCUCUCUGGUAUGGCUUGGGAAAGCAAUAAAAUAUGGCCCUAAGUCCUUGGGCCCCUGUACCCUUUUGGGAGACGCUGAAGAAGCUCCUGGCUCCUGGCUUUGGAUCGGCCCAACUCCAGCCAUUGCAGCCAUUUGGGGAGCGAACCAGUGGAUGGAAGACAUCUAUCUGCCUCUCUCUCUAACUCUGCCUUUUGAAUAAAUAAAUAAUUAGAAAAGAUAAAUCAUGAAUUUCCUCAAGAAUGGAUGUACAAGAUGGGAUCUUUGUUCAGAAACUAGAAACUUCAUAGGUUAAUCCACAUAACAUUUUUGAUAAUUUUUACUGGUGACCACAGGAACUGAAUUGAACAAUAACCAAAAGUUUAGUUUGUGAUGUUGUAUACUGGUGUUGUAUACUGAAAGUGUUUAGUGAGUGUUUAUUACAUAAAAAGGCUUUCCGAGGAAAGAGUACUUUCUAAACUGGUCCAGUAAUGGCAUGAGAGCAGGAAAGCUGACUGGCUUAUGUCACUGUGGUGACAAUGUGGGACUGGAGUGCGGGGAUUCAGAUGUUUUUUUUUCCAAAUGUGUUUUUAUCUUCCAGUUGCUGCCAAAGAAUUUAUUGUCCUCAGUGGUGAGAAUACAAAGAGGAAGAAAUGAGACUUAAAAGUCAAUAAUUAAACAAAAAACGGAGUUCAGCUCCAUAGUACAACUGUGAAUGUUUUACUGUUUAUACUUUUGACUUUGGUUAGGGAAGAGUACAAUUUUCUUCAUGCUUAUAGUUUGUCAAAAGCUGGGGCCAGCACUGUGGUGUGGCAGGUAAAGUUGCUGCUGCCUGCAGUGCUGGCAUCCCAUAUAGACCCUGGUUCCAGUCUGGGCUGUUCCACUCCAAUCCAACUCUGCUGUGGCCCGGGAAAGCAGUAGAAGAUGGUCCAAGUCCUUGGGCCCUUGCACCUGCAUGGGAAACCUGGAAGAAGCUCCUGGCUCCUGGCUUCAUAUCAGCACAGCUCCAGCUCUUGCAGCCAGUUGGGGAGUGAACCAGCAGGUGGAAGACUGACCGACCUCUUUGCCUUCUCUCUCUCUAACUCUUAAGUCUGACUUUCAAAUAAAUAAAUCUUUCAAAAAAGCAGUUUGUCAUAUUCCCUUUCUUCUGCACACUGGCUUCCAUCUCCCAACAGUUGUUGAAAACAUUUUUGAGAUACUGCUUUCAGGAGUUCCAUUAAAACACGGAAAUGACUGUGAGAUAAUCAAUUUUAUAAGUUUUCCUGGAAGAGCAUUUUAUAAAUGGUAUAAAAAUCUCAGGGACCAGUGCUGUGGUGCAGAAGCUUAAGCCUGUUUGCAGUGCCAGCAUCUCAUAUGGGCACUGGUUUGAGUCUCUGCUGCUCCACUUCUGAUCCUGCUCCCUGCUAAUAUGUGUGGGAAAGCAGCUGAAAAUGGCCUAAGUACUUGUGCCCCUGCACCCAUGUGGGAGAUUGGAAUGAAACUCUUGGCUUCAGUUUGGCCAAGUGGUAGUGAACCAGGCCAAAGCUAAGAACCCAGAACUCAAUCCAGGUCUCCUGUGUGGGUGUCAAGGAGCUGAGUGCUUGAGUAAUCACCUGCUGCUUGCCAGGAUCUGCAUUUGCAGGAAGCUGGAAUAGGAGGCAGAGCCAGGACUUGAACCCAGGCAGUGUCAUGGGAUGUGGGCAUCUGAAGCAGUGUCUUCUCUGCUCAAUGCCCACUCUGAAUCUCUGUAUACAUUAUUAUUCUGAUCCGAGUUUGUGCUUCUCUGUGUGUAUCCAUUACUUUAGGUCAUCCAGUUUAUCUGUGUAUUGUUCAGGGUAAGUGUUUUGGUUCUUUUUAUUUUUGAGAUAUCUCUUGUAAUUUCUCUUCACAUUUUUAUUUAUAUAAUUUCUGUGUUUUUUUUUUUAAGUCCAGGUACCAUUUUGCCAACU